GGGAGGGUGUGCUUGAAGUCACAUGACUCGGUUCGACCACAGCGAACGGACCUUCAAACUGAGUCUCUCUUUCUCUCACUUUUUGUUCAGACGCUCGUCAUUGGGGCAUUGUGUGUUUGACUGUGAUCGAAGCUACUCCCCCCACCAUUGCACUGCAUUCCGCCAUAACGCCAACCGAGGUCGACAUAAGCCAUCAGCCAUUUAGAUCUAAGCUUCUAUAUAGAGAGGACUGAAGAACAUGAUGAAAGGACUCAAGGGAGUUCUUUCAAGGUCGAAAUCCUCUUCGACGCCAUCGCAAGUCAAUCCGCCAGCCGCUACCACGAGCAGUGAUUCAAAGCAACGCUCUACUGGCGUCCAUUCACCCGCUCAACGACAAAUCACUGAGCAACCUUCUAACAAGCCAACCCUACCCGCUAUCUCAAUAACCAAUACACCUACUCCUGAUCCGGUACGUUGACCGCACCCUUAUUUAAUUCAGCCACACUCAUUGACAGAUCAAAUUUUUUUUAACCUAUAUUCCCUUCGUUUAGCCAACGCAUUCUCCUUCCUCAAAAUCUCCUUCCCUUGGAAAGCCUAGCAACGAUCCCAUCAAAAAUGCUUCUAUCAACAGAAUCAAGGCUACACCAAAGGAUUCCAUUCCGGCUAGUAAAUCCCCG